UUCUCUGCAUCUCUCUAUCUCUCACUUUUUAUCGGAUGCCAUCCAGAAUGCCCUUCAUCUUUUCCCUAUUCACCAAUUUUACAGGAAUGUUCACCUAAACCAGCAGAUUUUACGAGUUUUUUUUCUUUUGGGAAGAAAUAUGUCUUCGUCUGCAAAAAUAUACUCGAUGGAGGCGCAUGUUCCAGCAGCUAGCCGGCCUGUCCCUUUGAACACUCGGCAAGUUUUGUCUGUCACUAUUACACUAUCGAUUUUCUCAUUUUUAUAUUUGGUAUAUGCUCAAAAACAUGCUCUCUUGUUUUAUAUUAUGACUGGUCUAGUCGGUGUCUUCAUAGUCUUCAUCUACUCCGCUGGUAUCCUAGCCGUCCUGUAUAUGGUAGCACGGGAUUAUCCAGAAGCUUCGGAUUUUGAUAAUAAAUCUGCAAGUUCUUCGAGUAGCCGAGAAAUGGAAGAAUCCAAAUUCUAGAUUUUUCGUUCAAAUUUUAUUUCUUUUUUUCCCCAAAAAUUACGUGUAUUUUUUUCUUUCAAAACUAGGUGAUGAUGUUGCUCUAAUAAAUCGAUUAGUUUCUU